AUGGCAUUAAUCUGGGAUAUUUUGACCAGUGAAAAUAAAGUGAUUGAGUUAGGUCGAGUACUAACAGGAACUGUUCCCAGAAACGACAUUACAAUUAUUCAUAUGUUUCCUUAUAAUAUGCAUAAGGAAAUGUUAGUUCUUGAAGAGACGAGCACUGAUGAAAUGGGAGCAUUUUUAGUCAAUACACCCGUAGAGUUACAAACAAUCACUUCAAUUAUCAUUGGAGGUGAUGCAACAAAAGUUCUGAUUUUGCCCUCUGGUAUCAUCAUAACACACGAUGGUCAGCUCUACUCGAACAGGGACAACACUGCAAAUGCACAAAAUAGUUCAGUUUUGGCAGUGUCUUUUCAAAUAUUGAUUUGUGGUAAUAAUAAUCCAAAUUCCAAGCAGCAACAAAUGGAAGUAGUGGCUUCUGUUCAUGCCGUUUUGGGCGCCACAAUUUUAAAAAUCAAAGAAGCACUGAGUUGCUCUAAUUUGUGA